CCUGCAGUAGGCGCGGUCGUUGCCGCGUUUUCUUUAAAAAAAGAAAAACAAGUAAAUUUUACGCGCCAAAGUAUAGUUACUUGUGUGUGGGAUUAGAUUUCGAAUUUCAAAUUUCGAAUUUCGAAUUGGGUCCAGUGCUGUGCUUUUUUGUUUGGAGUGUAUCGUUCGAAAACUUACGCAAAAGGGAACAAUACAGCCAAAAUCAAACAGAGCAUGAGUAUAGAAGAAUAGUCUAAAGCAAACAAGAUGGCGCCACAAGAGCGAACUCCUUGUUGUGAAGAAGAUUCCCGCCAAAGUGCACCCAUAGACAACAAUCUUUCAAACAUAGAUUUAAGCGGUAGUUUUGUUAACAAAGCAUACACAAAUGACACUAGUGAUAGCACGGGUAGUGUUGCCAGCACAAAAAAAAUCACAGAUGAUGGGGAGAAGAGGAAAAAAGUCACGGAUUUCGACGAUUUGUUGCCAUAUGUGGGAGAGUUUGGAAUGUACCAGAAGAUAUUGUUUUUGUUAAUGAUACCGUUUGCUUUUUUUGUGUCGUUUGUGUAUUUCUCGCAAAUCUUUAUGACGAUUGUGCCGGAGCAGCACUGGUGUUGGAUACCAGAAUUGGCGAAUUUGACAGUUGAAGAGAGACGAGCGUUAGCAAUACCACCGAAGACAGAAGGUCCGUUCGCUCACGACCGGUGUCACAUGUACCAGGCUGACUGGACGCGCGCGCUGGCUGAGGGGCGGACCACGCCUGACGACGAGUGGCCCAUCGUUCCCUGCACCAGCUGGGAGUACAACAGGAGUGAUGUGCCAUAUGAAACUAUCGCAUCUCAGUUGGACUGGGUGUGCGAGAAGGACAACCUGCCAGCGACCGCGCAGGCUAUCUUCUUCUGCGGGGCCAUCGUUGGCGGGCUGGUGUUUGGGUGGAUAGCUGACAAGUACGGCAGGAUACCAGCGUUAGUUGGAACAAACUUGGUAGGCUUUGCUGCGGGGAUAGCCACCGCGUUCUGUAACGCGUUCUGGUCGUUCGCGCUGUGCCGGUUCCUGGUGGGGCUGGCGUUUGACAACUGCUUCACCAUGAUGUAUAUUUUAGUUCUAGAAUACGUGGGCCCGAAGUGGCGCACGUUCGUCGCCAACAUGUCGAUCGCGAUCUUCUUCACGCUGGGCGCGAGUCUGCUGCCGUGGAUCGCGCUGUGGGCGGCGGACUGGCGCCGGUAUGCGCUGGGCAUCAGCGCGCCCUUCAUCAUCGCUGCAGCCACGCCUUGGCUGGUGCCGGAGAGUGCCAGAUGGUUGCUAUCGCAGGGCAAGAUCGACAAGGCAAUGGUGAUUAUGAAGAAGUUCGAGAGAAUCAACAAAACAAAGAUACCUGACAAAGUAUUAAAUGAAUUUACGGAGGCAACGCAGAAAGCUAUCAAGGAAUCCGAAGCUGAAUCCAAAACCUAUUCAGUGUUGGAUAUCUUCAGGACCCCCAGGCUUCGAAGAAACGCUUUACUCCUCAUAGUCAUUUGGAUGGCAAUAUCCCUGGUCUUCGAUGGCCACGUCAGGAACGUGGGGUCAUUGGGUCUGGACAUAUUCCUGACCUUCACCAUUGCGACCGCUACGGAGUUCCCUGCCGAUACGUUCUUAACUGUUGUUUUGGAUCGUUGGGGCAGGCGAUGGCUGGCCUGUGGGUCCAUGGUUGUCAGUGGUAUCUUCAGUCUACUGGCCACUGCUGUUCCUAUUGGGGGUCCGUCCGCGUCGCUGGCCAUCCUGGGCCGGUUUGCCGUCAACAUCUCGUACAACAUCGGGCUGCAAUACGCGGCCGAGCUGCUGCCUACCGUGGUAAGGGCGCAGGGAGUCGCGCUCAUCCACAUCAUGGGAUACGUGGCCUCCAUUGUCGCGCCCUUCGUAGUGUACUUGGCCAACAUAUCUCCUGAUCUGCCGCUGCUGAUCCUGGGCGCGCUGGGCAUCGCGGGCGGCAUCCUCUGUCUGCUGCUGCCGGAGACCAUGGACACGGAGAUGCCGCAGACGUUGGCGGAUGGAGAGAACUUCGGGAUGGACCAGAGUUUCUGGGACAUACCGUGUUUCCCCAGAAAAAAGAAAGAAACAAUUUCACAAGACAAACACAAUACACAAUCAAAUGAGAAUCACUUCGUGAGGUCCUUGCCUGCCUCUGGAUCCAGGGCAUCCGUCAGAGCUUCCAUCAGGUUAUCCUCCAGGUCGACGAGGAGGAACCAAGAGAAUGGAGUUUGAUGUUGAAACACACAGGAUACAUGGAUCUUAAAGAAUUGGCUAAGUCAAUGAAUGUAUGGAAAAUUUUUUCCCUAUUGGUAGUCACUGAUUUUGCAAUAUUUUUGUCUAGCCGAUAAUAUAAACUACUGAAAAGAACUUCAAAUUGAAGCGUUAAUGUCGGGAAAUUAAGUGACUUUGCGUCGAACUUCGAAACUCAGUUUCUGUCUAAAGUAAUUUUGCAAAGUUAAUCUUUGAAAGUUGAAACCCAGUUUGUGGGCAAAGUGACGUUACAAUAAAACUUUGAAACUCGGUUUCUGUGCACAGUAACUCUGCAAUGAAACUUUGAAACUCAGUUUCUGUGCAAAGUGGAUAGAAAAGUCCACUUUGUGAUUAUCCAUCGUUUCAAUCACAGUUUAUGGCUGUAAAGAGCUUAAUGCUUUACCAUCAUAGGGAAUUAUCGGCUAGAUAUUUCGAGCUAAGAUCUGUGAUGCUUUUCAAAGAAAUUUCAAGAAAUUUAUCUGUGAUCGGUAGCUAACUAGGUAUAUACUAGGUAGGUACGAACAGUGUUUGUGUUACCAACUUUAUAAAUGUAGUAGCUAACUGUUAUACUAAUAGAUAGGUACGUACAGUGUUAGUGUUACCAACUUUGUAUCUUUGAAAAGAAAAGUUGGAAGUUCUACGAAAGAUCCCAAGCGAUAUGUGAAGAAUCUCUUGGAAAGUACAAAUCGGUAAUUAUUUGUGAUUUUUGUUGUGUUUUUAAUCCUACUGAAUACGGUUUUAAAGAAUAUCUUUGAACAGUUAAGGAAAUACAUUGAUCUAUUAUUUCUGUAAAUUUUGUAUUAUCAACAAAUAUACCUGUAGGUAUAUUUGAUGUUAAUCAAAGUUUUUACCAAGACGUGAAUAUAUUUUGUUGUUAUUUCAAGUCGCAAUCGGAUAGCCUAUUUUUUUAUUUAUUUAUUUGAUUUUUUAUUCAAACUUCUUUAUGACAUCAUAACGAUAAGAUCGUAAUAAGUUAAAGGCGAUCUCAUCAGUGAGAGUGAUAUCUUCCAGUGAAAGAUAUGUGGUCGAAUAUAUAUUUUUUUUUCUAUUAAAAUUGCAAUCUGAAUGCGACUUGGGUUUUCACUCGUUGUUACUGUAAUUUAAUUCGUAUAUAUAAUGAUUUAAUUUAAGAUGAUUAUGUACAAUACAAUUUUUAGUUAUUGAGGAAUAUUAUUUCUGUAUUGUAAGUACUGUACAUACUAGAGUACUGUACUGCAGUUAAAGUACAUUAAGUAAUUGUUAUGAUAGUAAUGAAGUGAAUUCUUGUUCCUUAUAGAUUAAAAAAAAAGUAGAAUAAGAAGCAAGUAUCAGAUAAUUCACAUGGUGCUUUACGAGGCAUUUGUUAUGUUUACUAUUAUUAAAAAUGAACUUUUACCAAUAAAAAACAAAGAUACUUAUGUAAGUCGUAGUUGCAGCAUUUUUAAAUUUAACAGCUGCCUUUAUUAUGUGGUUAAAAGGCUUGAUACAGAUUAUAAUCUGGAAUUCCGGAUUAUAUUUCAAAUACAGCCUACAUGGUUCAAGUCGAACUUUGAAGUUCGAUUUUUGGCACAAACCGCAAAAAACAGUUUUCGUGCAAAAUUACUUAGCAACAUUUUAAACUUUAGUUUAUGAGCUAAAAUUAUUUAGCACCUAUUUAACUUAACAAAAAAUAUUUAAUCGCCUCAUAUCGCACCAGAAUUUUCCUUAGGUUUAUACCUGAAAUUGUUGCAUUAGAAGUAAUAAUUUAUUUGUUGGUUUUAAAAAUACUUCUCGGAUGCCAUUUUGUAUAUGUUUUGGUUCAAAAUUGUCAUAAAUAAAAAGGUUCUGUGAUAAUAAUAAUAAUGUGAUUAAAUAUCAUAGAAUGUUAA